AUACACAUUUUAAUUAUACACAAGGACAACAACUUAAUUUUAAAAUUCAACAUAGAGUCUGCAUUCGUAUUAUGAAAACACCUGCUAAGUAUUACUGUCGACGCGGAGAAGAUACACAGAAGACUUAAUGACAAAAGUGUUUCAUUAAAGUGUUUCAAAAUGUCAUCAGUUUUAGCUUUGAUGGUGAUAACAGUUUAUAUAGAAAUGGUUCCAGGAAUUCAGUAUAAUAUACUCACAGUAGGAGUUCAAAGAGGUGAACAAGCUGUAUUGAAAUGUCCACACUGCGGAUCUAGAAGGACUUGGUUAGGACCGGAUGUCAACAAUUCAGCUAACGGAACAACGUUGAUUUAUUUUUCAAAUUAUAUCAAAAACCCGCUACUGAACCAAUCCAACAAGUAUUUUGUGCAGGCAGAUGAAGGAAACUAUGACUUGAAUAUUUUAAAUUUCCAAAAAGAAGACACUGGUGUUUAUCUAUGCAGAUUUCUUAAUAAAGGGACAUUUAAUGAAAAUAAGUAUAACGUUUUAUUACUGGAGUAUUUAUCAAGUACAACAAUGAUCUACAUCGAAGGAAGAAAUACUGCUCCAGAUAAUACUUCAGAUUGGGCAACAGACUCAAUAUUAUUGAAAGAAGAUAAUCGUUGUAUAUGUAAUUGGUCAGUGAAUAAUGACUUUUGGAAGGUAUCAGGCAGUUUCGUUGGAGGAAUUAUUGUAUGUUUAAUAUGUUCAAAUGUAUAUUGCUACAUGAAACACAAGAAAGCAUCGAAGGAUAUAUUGGAUGUUCCUCUAGAUGUUCAGUAUGAUGAAAUAAGCACCAGUAACUAUAAUAUCGGUAAUAUUGAAACAGGGCGUGACGAUACAAGAGAUCGUAUGACAGUAAUGCAUUUGUCUGGGAUCAACAUUGAUACACUUUUUAAUAAAUCACCAACUUUAAGCUACAGUUCUACCAUUGAUUCCUUAUCAAGGAAAACAGAAGGAUCUGAAAACACAUACGAAUCAAUAAAUCUCGAUCAAAAUCAUGAAUUCAAAAUGUGAAGCGAGCACCACAACUUUAACUAGCUUAUAUGACAAUACUGUGGUUUUUCCUAUAAGAAAUGAAAAUAUUAAAGGAGAUGUAAAUGACAAAACUCCAUGGCUAUUUAUCUACAAUCCCAUGGCACAUGUUGAACAUUCGUUAAAGUAAUAACAAACAAUAACAUGUACAGAAAAAGAAAAAGGAAGACAUUUUAUUAUGCAAAUUUAUAUUUUGUUUGCUAUAAAUGCGUAUCAAAAGAGCAUUCGAGGAGUCGAAAACAGAUCAAAGAGGAAACUUUUGUUAAUAUGGUUCAUGUUAAUAUAUAGACGAGGUUAAUUUCUCAAUCAUUUGUGAUGCCAAACAUUUUCGUUAUAUAGAUACAACAUGCAUUAUAUAUGAGAGGAUUUUUAUAGUACAGCUACUUUACUCAUACGCGGUUGCUGUGUGUUAAUUAAAGUUUGUCUGUAUAGUUAGAUUUUUCGUAUGUUUGAACGUGUCGUAAGUCGUGUUCAAUUCCUUUCAUGUAUGUUUACACAGUUUGCAUGCUAGAUCUUAAUUAUUUUUACGUUAACUUAUCAUGUCUGUUUCGAUUACAUACCCAAAUUUGCAAAUAUAACGGAAAUAUAAACAACUCUCAUACACAUGAGGGUUUUGCUAGCUUUAACACCAGGAUUAACCUACUAGCGUCGCCGACCGACCGUGCGAGGGCUGAAAAGCAGGUCAAGGUCGUUAAACACUUCCACUUUUAGUGUCUCCUAUUCAGGAAAAUGGCAGAAUUUUUUCACUUGUUCCGUUGAUUAAAUGUGUUUGAAUUUGCUACUUUUUACGGAAUUCCUUUAACGAAUAUUUUUUAUCAUGUCAAUGCAUUUCGUUUAUGAGAUAUCAAUUAUUGGACGAUUAAAAUACACCAAUAGUUUAUCGUUGUGCUCAUUUAAUAGAUCUGUUGAAAAUGAAUUAAAACACAACACGAUUAGAUAAGAAUUUACGACUGUACUGGUCAAUUUUGUUAUUUUCCUAUAAUUGUAGUUCGUCUAAGCUAUGUAAAGUAUAGUUUUCAAAAUAACUAUCAAAAAGGCAAAACAAAUAUGGUAAGAAUGAUAAAAACUCAAAACACUUAGGGAAAGGCAUACACUUCACAGUGAGUUGUUAUAGAGCAACCGCAUAUGAUGUAUGACAUGCCAGAUGUAAAUGGGAUAGUGGAUGGUGCAUUAGAAAUCUUGUCUGCCUUGUUUAUAAUUUCAUUUUGUUUUAUAAAUGAUAUAUUGAAAUUCACAAUUCCCUCAUGUAUUUUUUUUGUGACAUU